CUUACCCCCCCGACAGUGUUUUUAACUUUCCGUUUUCGAGUUCAACAUUCUCUACAAUCUGCCGCUAUAGGUCUUCUUCGUUUUCCUCUCUAUCGUUCCCUUCUCUCUGCCGUGUGGAGCUCGCCGUUCGUCUGCUGUCCGUUCCGGUGCGUCAGCUCAACCUUCGCCUGCACUCUGUCGUUCCCGUGCGUCUGCCGUUCGUCGGCCGUUCGUCUGCCGUCGUUCAAGUGGCCGGAAGCAGUGGAUGGAAGGAAAUAUAUCUGCAAUUUUUUGUAGUUUUUCUCCUUCUCUAGACCACACAGGAAAAGCAAAUACCGACCCACUUUCAUGAAUUGUUUACUACACGCUGUGAAUAAUCCCACCAAUCUCAAUAAAUUAAAGCUCAAACUAGUCAAAUUCGCCUCCACUGCAAUUGCUCAACUAAACCCAUGUUUUUUUUCACACAGUGAUGAUGAACAAAGUGUCACCUCCUUCAACACAACUUUGGAUGUUCAAUGUAAACCAUCAAAGGUGGUUCGAAUCCUAGAAAGUCUCCGGAGGGAGCCCAACAUUGCCUUUUCCUUUUUUCAUGAAUUGGAGGAACGGGGAUUUCAACAUAACAUCUCUACAUAUGCAGCUCUUAUUAGGGUAUUGUGCUCUUGGGGUUUGGGGAAAAAGCUUGAAUCUCUGUUCUUGAAUCUCAUUGGCUCCAAGAAAAUGGAAUUUGAUGUCUUAGAUUUGCUUGAAUCACUUAAUCAAGGUUGUGUGGUGGAUGACUCAUUUAUUCGAGCAUAUGAUGCCUUAAUCAAGGCUUAUGCCAGUGUUAACUUGUUUGAUAGUGUUGUGGAUUUACUUUUCCGAUUAGAAAGGAAGGGCUUUGUUCCACAUAUUUUUACUUGUAAUUAUCUCUUGAACCGCCUUAUCGAGCAUGGGAAAAUGAAUAUGGCUCUAGUUGUGUACAAGCAGUUGAAGAGGUUUGGUUGUCAACCUAAUGAUUACACUUAUGCUAUUGUAAUAAAAGCACUUUGUAAAAUAGGUAACAUGGAAGAAGCCAUAGACAUUUUUGAGGAGAUGACUGAAUCUGGGGUGGUUCCUAAUGCCUUUGCUUGUGCUGCAUAUAUUGAAGGGUUGUGUACCCACGAUUGUUCAACUUCAGGGUAUCAGUUGCUACAAGCAUGGAGAGCAGAACGAUUCCCAAUAGACGCAUAUGCUUACUAUGUAGUAAUUCGUGGAUUUUGUGAAGAGAUGAAAAUAGACGAGGCAGAAUAUGUCUUUCUUGAUAUGGAAAAUUAUGGAGUAGUUCCAGAUGCACAAACUUAUGGUGUGUUGAUCAAUGGUUAUUGCAAGACGUUGAAUUUGCAAAAAGCUUUGUCUCUUCACAGUCUCAUGUUGUCAAAAGGUAUAAAAUCAAAUUGUGUGAUCGUUAGCUUUAUCCUUCAAUGCUUGCUUACGAUGCAGAUGUAUUCAGAAGUAGUAAACCAAUUUAAAGUAUUUCAGGAUAAGGGGGUAUUUUUGGACAAGGUUGUAUUCAAUAUUGUUAUUCAUGCCCUAUGUGAACUAGGAAAAUUGGAAGAAGCUAUUGAGUUGUUAGAAGAUAUGACAAGUAGACAGAUCCAGAUGGAUGUCAAGCAUUAUACAACAAUGAUUAAAGGUUUUUUUGUUCAAGGAAAAACUCAUGAAGCAAUGAUAAUGUUUGAUAAUUUGAAGAAAAAUGGUGUUGAGCCCGACACCAUCACUUAUAAUGUGGUUGCUGCUGGAUUAUCUAGAAACGGUCUUGUAUCUAAGGUCCAGGGCCUUCUAGACUACAUGGAGGAACAUGGUUUGAAAAAAGACUCUAAGAUCCCUGACCUGGUAAUUGAAAAUUUAUGCAUAGGAGGCAAAGUGAAAGAAGCGACUGAAUUUUUCAAUAGUUUAGAAGUAAAGACGGUAGAUAACUAUUCUGCCAUGAUUAAUGGGUAUUGUGCAGCCAACCAUAAGAAAGCUGCAUAUGAACUUUUUGUUAAUUUGUCCAAGAAAGGAGAUUUUAUUAAAAGAAGUUCUCUCGUUAGGCUAGUUAGUAGCCUUUGCAUGGAAGAUUCUUGCGUUAGAGCUAUUGAGGUGAUAAAACACCUUCCAAUCAUUGAUGUGGAGGCUAAUGAAAUUGUAUACAAUAAAGUCAUAGCUUCCCUAUGCCGGGCAAGAAAUAUGAAGAUGGCCCAAAGUUUAUUUGAUUGUUUAGUUUGUGCUGGGUUGACUCCUGAUCUUAUCACUUACACAAUGAUGAUAGAUGGUUAUUGCAAGAUUAAUUUCUUGAGAGAAGCUCAUGAACUUCUGUGUGAUAUGAAGAAUCGAGGGAGGGAACCUGACAUUUUUAUCUAUACAGUUUUGCUUGAUAGUCAAUUUAAAACCAGAGUGCAAGAGCUUUGUCCCUCAGUUGAAACACCUUUUACGUCAACAAUUUUUGAUGAAAUGAAGGGCAUGAAGUUUACUCCAGACGUUGUUUACUACACUGUAUUGAUUGAUGGGUUUUGUAAAAUGAACAAUCUUAAUGAUGCUUUUGUCUUCUUUGAGGAAAUGGUUGAUCAAGGAAUAGAGGCUGAUACAGUGACUUUUACUGCCCUACUGUCCGGGUGUUGUAGAAGUGGAGAUAUGGAGAAGGCUCAAACCCUAUGUUAUGAUAUGAUCUCUAAGGGAAUUCUCCCUCCUAAAAUUUUUUCAUAUCUAUUACAUCAAGAUACUCUAAAAACCAAGAAAAUGCCACAUUACAAGCACUUAACUAAAUAACAGUCUUGGAUUCUCCACAACUGAAAUCUACUUGGGCAAUAUGAAAGACCUCUACUUUGACCCGAAGAUGAUAUGGUCAAGUGUGUGGAGUUGCUGCAGUAAUGGGGUUAGAAAUUAAAAUUUUCUGGGAAUGGAAGUCAGUCUCCUCUGUUGCAGAUGUGGUGCAGAUGCUAUCCAGAGCUGAAAUUUUCAUUCACACAACACUUCCAAGAUGUUGUAUACGGUAUACAGCAGUUCAGGAGAUGGCUGAGUUGUUCCUGGGGUACCCUAAAAAAAGGGAACCAAGGAGCUGAAUGGGAAGAGGCAAAGCGCGCAGCAAUAGUCAGAUAAUGACUUGGGGUUCCUAUUUCACCAAAAGUCACAGCAAUAUGUGCCUCAAAAUUGAUUGAUAUCACAUUUGCCAAAUGGUUCAACAAUAUUUCAUGCAAUGGUGGUACAUCAAACAUGUUGGUCACCAGUUAUAUACCAAUCAAUCUUCAUUAACUUCAAGUAACCGAUACACACACAUGUUUGAGCAAGCCCAACUUCGAACGGGAUUCGUCAUAUGCUCAUUCGGAGAUUUCUUGCAACUUGGUUUGGUCUCAAUAUCUUUAUCACUGUUCUUUUUUUUUUUGUUUUGUUUUUUUUUCUUGGUAUCAUGCGAACUUUUAUGGAGUUGUCUCAGAAAACAAAUCAGUUUGAAAAUGUAACAUGACUUUCAAAUUGAUUUUUAGAUGGAUUUGUUGUUCAUAUUUGCUGCAGUGGUGUAGAAGAAGAAGCUAAUAUAUCGGUGCAGUUCUCUUGUUUUCACUUUGAUUCUUUCACAAAGCCUCGAAGGAGGCUGAAAGUGCACCAAUGGUUACAGGAAAAGAACAAUUAUCAUUGCUCUGUAUAUUUUUUAGCCAUGUAUUAGAACCAAUUAUUUUUUCCCCUUCCUAUUAAAAGUCUAGAUGGAUAUCAGCUGGAGUCAUGAAUAAAAAGCAUUGUUAUUGAAAUGA